AUGUCUUCGCUACCACUGUCAAUGAAGACUCUUCUCCAACUGUCGCCUCAUUCUCCUUCCCUUACCCUCACCACCUCACCGCUGCCCGUACCUUCUCACCCUUCUGACGUGCUCAUCAAAGUAUACACUACCGCGCCCUGCAAAGGCGAGCUCACCUGGGCUGCCGCAUUCCCAGAUGUGAUCCCCUCCACCAAAACCCCCGUGCCCUCUCAAGAUCUCGCAGGUGUCAUUGUCUCCUUGCCCCCCGCAUACACCGGAGGGUUCAAGCCAGGGGACAAAGUCCACUGCCGAAUCGAGGCGACCCGUCCCGGUGCGGCCCGAGAAUACGCACUUGCCCGUCUUUCAGAGCUGGCAUUGAUACCAAAGAACUUGGGAUGGAUCCGGGCAGCUGCAACGCCCUUGAGCUCGUUGACCGCUUGGCAAGCCUUGUUUACACAUGGUGGCCUGAAUAAAGAAGGCCUUCUUGAAGGAAAAAAUCCUGCGAGAGAGGAGAACGCAAAAAAACGAGUGCUCAUUACGGGGGCGACUGGUGGUGUUGGCAGUUGGGCGGUACAGCUUGCUGCUCUGGCGGGAUGCGAAGUGGUAGGGCUCUGCGGACCGAAUAAAAUUGCCCACGUGAAGGAAUUGGGAGCAAGUGAGGUGGUGAACUAUAAGGAAACUUCUCUUCGGCAAUGGGCGUCGCCUGAAAGGGAGGUUGACGUCGUUUUGGACAUGGUUGGAGGGAAGACGUUGGAGGGCUGUUGGUUCGCUAUCAAAGAUCAGGGCAAGAUGGUCAGUAUCUGCGCUCCUCCUGAAAGCGCUAGGCCAAGCCAUCUUGUUGGAAAGGAGGGCGUGAACAGCAAUUUCUUCAUCGUUGAGCCUCUUGGGGAAGACUUGACGGAGAUUGGACAACUGAUCGAGGCAGGCAAAGUCAGGCCGACGGUGGAUAGCGUUUGGUCGUUUGAGGAGUACGGGGCGGCCUUUGCGAGGUUGGAGAGCGGGCAGACGACGGGAAAAGUUGUCCUUCGAGUUGCUGACUUUGACGAGUGA